AUGGCGAAAUCGUCUACUCAUCAAUCGAAUUCAUCAAAACGCAUGAGAGUGGAGCUCUCUCCUAACCGAUACACAGCAGCAGUCGACAGACUCAGCAACCUACCGGACUCUCUUCUCUGCCACAUCCUUUCUUUCCUUCCGACCCAAAAGGCCGUCGCCACAAGCGCUUUGUCGAGCAGGUGGAAGCGCCUCUGGACUCACGUCCCAGCACUCGACCUCUACGAUAUCGGCCGUCAACCCAUCCCUCUUCUCUACAGAAUCUUGCUUCUAAACAAAGCACCCUCCCUCCGUAACUUCAACCUCUUGUGGUAUUAUUACUGUGACUCUCUCCAUCUCAACACGUGGAUCGACACUGCCAUUGAUCGUAACGUCGAAAAUCUCUAUCUCAAGAUUUUCCUCGAUGACGACUACUACCCCCACGGAGACGGUGAUGUUUACAGUGGCGAACUUUACGAGUUGCCCGUUAGCUUUUACGCCUGCAAAACAGUUGUUGUUCUCCAUUUAAGCGGCGGGAUUGAGCUCGAUCCUCCUUCUUCUUUUCAACUCCCUUGCCUCAAGAAACUGUGUCUGCUUGAUGUUUUUUACUGCUAUGAGGACUCUUUGUCGAGGCUAUUCAAUGGCUGCCCGGUACUCGAAGUUUUGAAAGUGAUAAGAAAUAAUUCGGACGGUAUGGACUAUUUUAACAUAAGCGUGCCUACGUUGAAAUGUUUACUUAUCGAGUUUAACACAUACCAACCUCGUGUUCCUGAUUACAAACUCGAGAUAAACGCCCCAGGUCUCAAGAACUUUAGAUUUCGUGGCGAUUUGCGAAAUGUGGCGUUUGUUGAAAAACUGGCUAACUUAGUUGAAGCCAAUGUAAAAAUUUACGCAGUUGAAUGUUAUGAAAUGCGUUGGGUUGAGGAUUAUGAGUUUUAUUAUGGAGAUAGGGUAUUCAAGCUUCUUAGAGCACUAAACAACGCUAAGUUCCUUACAUUGUCUCCAGGGGACAUAGAGUGCCUCGGCUUUGGUUCUAUUUAUCCUACCAGGUUCCAAAAUUUGGUCAGAUUGAAAUUCGGAGUAAAUAAAUCUAACUGGCACGUGCUACAAGCCUUGCUCCUAGUGGCUCCUAAUUUAGAAGUUCUUGAUGUCCAUAAGGAAGCUUCUGGACCCAAACUGUUGUGGUUUGUUUCUGAUGUGAAUGUUCCUGCUAUUCUGGAGAACAAUUUUUGUUUUGGCCAAAAGGAGAAUGAUUAUUGA